CGUAAUUACGUGUUUGUUGGGACGCAUUUAUAAAAUUGCUACUUGAAAUUGCGCGGAAGAAAACUCUCAAUUUGUGAAAAUGGGAAAGGGAUUCAAUAAUUACAUGUGCAAGAAAUUCUUUCAUCCAGCGUCACGAGAUAAUUUGAAGCGAGUAUGGAUGGCAGAACAGCAAGCAGAAGCUUACAAGAAAAAACAGGAGGAACUACGAGUUCAAUAUGAGAAGGAACAAGAUCUUCACAACAACAAAGCGCUACUUAGUAAAGAAAGCAAGGAUAAACUCAGCGUAAACUUCAUGUAUGAGCCACCUCCUGGAGCAAAGAAAGAAAGGGAGAAAGAGGAUAACGAGCCUGAAUAUAAGUUUGAAUGGCAACGAAAAUAUAAUGCUCCAAGAGAAAGUUAUUGUAAAGGUGACAGCGAAAUUCGAGAUCAACCAUUUGGCAUACAAGUAAGGAAUGUACGCUGCAUUAAAUGCCACAAGUGGGGACAUAUAAAUACAGAUAAAGAGUGUCCUCUGUAUAGCCAAGCAAUGAGUGUUGUAAUGGCAAACAAUUCACAGGUACCAUCUGCCCCAGACACUAUGACACUCGUACAACAGAUGCGAGAAGAUGGUUUGGCUUUGAAAAAAUCUGCACUAGAUGCACAACAGCACUUACAAGUUCCAGAGAACGAGGAUCUUAUGGUUUCUGAAGAUGAAGAACAAUCAGAAUUGUCAUUUCUUAAAUCUCUGUCAAAGAAAGAAAAGAAGAAAUUAUUAUUGAAACUGCAACUACUGGAAAAGAAAAAUCGCAAGAAAGGAAAAAGAAGAUUGAAAAAGAAGAAAACGAGCAGUAGCAAACACUUGAGCAAUAACAGCGAUAAUAGUAGCGGCAGCAGCAGUAGUAAUGAUAGCGAUAGUGAUAGCAGCAGCAGCAGCAGCAGCAGCAGUAGUAGUGAUUCGGAACAUUCCGAUGUAAAGGAUAGAAAGAAAAGAAAAAAGUCAGUCUCUAAAGAAAAACGUACUCAUAAGACUCACAAGCACAAAAGCAAACAUAGCGAUACGCACAAGCACAAACAUAAGGAAAAGAACAGCAGUGCUAAACAUGAUAGAGACAAGGGUCACCAUGAUAGGAAGAAAAUUAAAAUCGAAGAUAAGGAAAGAGAGAACUUGCGACAUAGCGAGGUCAAGAGAAAGUACAUGCACCGUUAAUAAUUAUUUUUGCAAGAUCUGUAAGAUGUUGAUAUGUGAUACACAUAUUUUCUCUUGUGAGAAAAAACAUGUAAUAAUAAAAAUAUACUUAUUAUGUUAACAAUC